CGCACUGCGUCUCUACUGUCGACAUUGAGCCUGACGCGGGAAGAAGUCGACAUUUUAUAUUCUCGCUUCAAGUCAAAAUUAGUUCACUGGGCGAGGAAAGUAGCUCGUAAUUUAUGCGGCGAACUUGUGACUUCGUCAACACUCUCCAGGAAAUGAAGGCGUUAACAUUUGGGCUAACUUUUGUUCGACAUGGAGAAACACAGUUCAACAAAGAUGGCCUGCUGCAAGGUCAAGCUAUAGACUGUCCGCUGUCUGAGGUCGGGUUGCAGCAGGCGGCGGAUGCAGGCCGCUACCUAAAAGACGUCAAGUUCACCAACGUGUUUGUCAGUGACAUGCUGCGAGCGCGACAGACUGCUGAAACUAUCAUGAAACACAACAGCAGUGGUUCAUGUUUACAACUGCUGUGUGACCCCCUGCUUAAGGAGAAAAGCUUUGGCAUCGCAGAGGGACAGUGCUUGCAGGACGUGAAAGAGAUGGCCAAGACUGCUGGUCAGUCCUUUCUUGACUUCACUCCUCCUCAAGGAGAGACUCAGGAGCAGGUGAAGCGGCGCGUCCAAGAGUUUUGGCUCAAAAUGCUCCAUCAAAUGGGUUGUGAACAUUGGCUCGACGAGGAAGUCACUUUAUCCACUCCAGCAGCAUCCUCGCCUCAUGUCGAGGGCGACGAGGUCCCCGUCCACGCCUUGGUGGUCAGCCACGGGGCCUACAUGUACGUGGCCAUGUGCUACCUUGUGGAAGAUUUACAUUGCUCCAUACCUCAGGGCUGCACGAGAGCACACAUGUUCUCUUUGAGUCCAAACGCAGGUGUGAGUCGCUUUGUGCUCACCUUGAACAAGGAGGAAGACGCCUUCAAAGUGUCUGACAUACGCUGCUUGUUUGUCAACAAGGGAGAUCAUGUCAAAACAUAAAACCUUCUCAUUGAAGGUCCAUGGAGUUCUUUCUCAAGAACAGACAGUUUAGGCGAGAGGACAGGGAGGGUUUUCUGAAUUCUUUCUAGCAUUUUUAACUGUCGAACACAUGUCAAAAGAAGUUCACCGCUAUAUAGUCUUCUUGAUAUCUUACCAAAUGUGCAUGGUGUCAUUUCUGUGUACAUUUGGGAGGUGUGACCUUUAACCUUAAAACAAAGCGCACCUGACUUUGCGGUAUACAAAGUUACACCAAAUACAGUGUUAUGCAUCAUACUAUGUCUAAUUACGACUUUAUCCCCUCUAUAUUUGCAUUUUAUUUUCAAGAAAUUGUAAAAAAAAAUUCUUGCAGUGUUUUGGCUUUAUUUUUUAUCAUAUUUGAGCUUUAUUCCUGCAGAAUUACAACUUUUUUUUUUUAAAUCACAAUUUAUUCUUGCAAUAAUACUGUAGUACACUAAUACCUAAUAUAGUACUUACACAUUAUAGUGGUAAAAUGUUCCUCUCGCAAAAUUGCAACUUAAUUCUUGUAAUAAUUGAAAUAACUUGAAAUUUGUCAUGAAAUGUUUUGUUUUUAUUUGAUUAACUUUAUUAAUGUAAUAUUGUAUAUUACAUUACAUGACAUUCUUAUUAUAUACAGUAUGUACUGUAUAUUUAAAUAUAUAAGCAAUAUACUGUAUGUAUAUACUGUAUAUGUACGUACAUACAUACAUUUAUAUACCGUAUUUUUUGGAGUAGAAGUCGCACCUGCCGAAAAUGCAUAAUGAAGGAAAAAAACAUAUAUAAGUCGCAUUUUUGGGGGGAAAUUUAUUUGAUAAAACCCAACACCAAGAAUAGACAUUUGAAAGACAAUUCAAAAUAAAUAAGUAAUAGUGAACAACAGGCUGAAUAAGUGUAGGUUAUAUGAGGCAUAAAUAAGCAACUGCUAUGUUAAGCUAACAUAUUAUGGUAAGAGUCAUUCAAAUAACUAUAACAUAUAGAACAUGCUAUACCUUUACCAAACUAUCUGUCACUCCUAUGAAAUCUUAUACGUCUAGUCUCUUACGUGAAUGAGCUAAAUAAUAUUGUUUGGUAUUUUAUGGUAAUGUGUUAAUAAUUUCACACAUAAGUCGCUCCUGAGUAUAAGUCGCACCCCUGGCCAAGCUAUGAAAAAAACUGCGACUUAUAGUCCGAAAAAUACAGUAUACAUCCAUACAUACAUGUAUAUACAGUACAAAUAUGUAUAUUUCCAAUAACAUGAAAUGACUCUGAUAACCAAUAUGAAUAAAAGAAACAACCCAAUGAGGCACGAUUA